AUGCCCAUAGACUACAGCAAGUGGGACGACAUCGACUCGGACUCCGACGACGAGACCGUUCCCAAGCCCGCGCCGGUCGCGCAGAAGAACCAUUCUGACGCGACCGCCGCCGCUCCGGCUUCGAGCGAGGAGUUCGACAAGAAGAGCAAGCAGGAUGCUACCGGUAGCGCGUGGAACAUGAACAGCUGGCACUUCGAGGAGACCAAGCUCGAUGAGUGGGGCAGGGCCAGGUUAAAGGAGCUUCUGCACAGGGCGCCCGUUAGCCAGUACCUGGAAGUCGACGGGCUCGAGCUUGAUCUUGACGCGAAGAUUGUCGUGCGGGAAGUCAAGGGGGAUUGCUGGGUUCACGUCAGGAAGGGCAAGAAGGUGUGGGGUCACGAUUUCGACUGCGCCAUCGACUGGGCGGGUUCCAUUCGCGGCGGGAGCGGCCUGCAGAUCCACGGAUUCGCCGAGUGGAACUGGGCGGUGGACGACGACGAGGUUGAGGUGAUCGUUCACAUGGCGCAGGAAGUUCCCUUCAAACGCGCGGUUUGUGCAGCGGUGAAGAAGGUCAUAGUCGCCAGGUGCGAAAAGUUUGCGAAGGAGCUCGCGGCGAAGGAACCCGCGAAGAGGGAAGGAGAGGAAGGCGGCGGGCUGAAGGAGGGCAACGUUCAGGUUGGUCAGUAUAAAAAGUACGAAGCCGGACCGGAUGGUGUUGCGGCGCUUCAGGAGAGGGCGAGGCAGAUGAGCCUGGAGAAGGGAGAGGAAGUCACGUCGGGUAAGGAGCAGAAGAGACUGCACUCCCAGGUUCCCACGCACUGA